GAGCGGCUUGUACGACCGCUUCAGUGCGAGACCUAGUUUAAGCUCCACCGACGAAGCCGGAGACAGUUCGGAUAAAGACCGGGUCGUCUUCCUCUUUUUCCUCGCGCGUUCCCCGCUUUCUGGUCCCUCUAGAUCCAGAGUAGCGAUUGCCCAGACAUGUCUUCCGCAGAGAAAGACGCCGCCACGCGCAGUUCUUCCGACUCCGAUAACGCUGAGAAGGGCGAAGUUGUGGUCGAGAAGCCUCAGGCAGCCCAGCAAGCUUUGCAUCUCCAGUUAGACACAGGAGACGAGUAUGUCAGGUUUCGCAGGAAAUGGUGGCAGCUUUGGCUUCCGAAAGACCCACCUCCGCCCCCGCCUCCGACUCUCGAGGAUGCCAAGAUGACUCCGCUCGCAAGUGCGAACAUAUUCUCGAUACUGAGCUACUGGUGGAUAACGGACAUGAUGAUUCUUGGCUAUCAGCGCACGCUGCAAGCCUCCGACCUGUACAAAAUGGAUCCGUCUCGAGAGUCUGGACUCCUCUCUGAAAAGCUCGAGGCCUCGUGGAGCCGUCGUGUGACCGCCGCUGAGGAGUGGAACGCACGCCUCGAGGCUGGGGAAAUCAGCCCGAGUGCAUUCAAGCGUCUCUACUGGUCCCUGAAGGCGCUUAGAGGUUCGAAGGCUCAGGCUGGAAGCAGCUACGCGGAGCGUCGUGCAGCCUUGCAAGAUCACUGGCGAACAAAGGCUGGCAGGAAAGAGGCUAGCCUCGCGUGGGCGCUUAACGAUGUCUUUGGUCGUACGUUCUGGUCUGCUGGUGUCUUCAAGGUAUUAGGUGAUACGUCCCAGCUCAUGAGCCCGAUCAUCCUCCGUACUCUCAUCACGUUCAGUGAAGAGCGUGCAGCCGCCGUGGAGAGCGGCACGCCUCUGCCCAACAUCGGUCGUGGAGUCGGCAUGGCUAUCGGGCUUUUCUUGCUUGUGGUGAUGAACAGUUGUUGCACGCACCAGUUCUUCUGGAGGUCGAUGACUACCGGUGUAUUAGCUCGCGCGGCCCUCAUCGCUGCAAUAUACAAACGCGGCACACAUUUGACUGGCAAAGCACGCAUUGCACUCACGAAUGCUACGCUUAUGAACCACAUUUCGAGCGAUGUUAGCAGGGUUGACGCCUGUGCCCAGUGGUUUCACGCCGCAUGGACUGCCCCGAUACAGGUCACGGUUUGCUUGAUUAUACUGCUUGUCGAGCUCGGACCUUCCGCACUUGCCGGUUUUGCUCUGUUCCUAAUUAUAGUACCUCUCCAAGAACGUGCAAUGACUUUGCAGCAACGGACCCGUCAAGGCUCCAUGAAGUGGACAGACAUGCGAUCCAAUGUCCUGAUGGAAGUUCUUGGAGCGAUGCGGGUGGUCAAGUACUUUUCGUACGAGAUACCCUUCCUGACCCGUAUCGGUGAGCUUCGCAAGAAAGAACUCGUAGGCAUUAGGCGAAUCCUGCACGGAACUUCCGCGAACUUGGCUUUUGCUAUGUCUCUACCCGUGCUUGCAGCCACGCUGGCCUUCGUGACAUACACCAGCACGACAGGACAAUUCAACGUUGCUGCAAUUUUCUCGUCGCUCAGUCUGUUCCAGCUCCUCCGCCAGCCCAUGAUGUUUAUGCCUCGUGCCCUGGCUGCGAUUCCCGAUGCCUCCAAUGCUCUGAAAAGACUGGCUCGUGUCUUCCACGCAGAGCUUAGAUCGGAAGACGCGUUGGUCAUUGACGAGAAGCAGGAGAAAGCGCUGAUCGUCGAAAACGCAACGUUUGAGUGGGAAACCGAAUUGAAAGGGGACGAGGAAGAGUCGCCAAAGAAGGGGAAGGGCGGGCAUAAGAAGCAGAAGGCGAAAGCAGCUGCUGUCCCAGUCGUAGUGCCAGUGGACAAGGCAGCGCUUUUCAAGGUGAAGGACAUCAACAUGAUUGUUGCUCGUGGUCAGCUCGUAGCUGUUGUCGGGCCUGUGGGCAGCGGAAAGUCCUCCUUGCUGCAAGGCCUUAUCGGAGAAAUGCGAAGGGUGUCCGGCUCCGUAUCUUUUGGUGGUCGGGUUGGUUAUUGUCCACAGACCGCUUGGAUCCAGAAUUCUAGUCUCAGGGACAACAUCAUUUUCGGCCAACCGUUUGAUGAGGACAAGUACUGGCGAGUCAUUGAAACCGCAUGUCUUCUUCCCGAUCUACAACUUCUUCCGGAUGGCGACUUGACUGAGAUUGGCGAGAAGGGUAUCAACUUGAGCGGUGGUCAGAAGCAGCGGAUCAACAUUGCUCGGGCGCUUUACUUCGACCCGGAAGUCGUUAUCUUCGAUGAUCCUCUAUCAGCCGUGGACGCCCAUGUCGGCAAGUCCCUCUUCCAGAACGCAAUCAUUGGUUCGCUUCGCAACCGGGGCGUCGCCGUCAUCCUUGUAACGCACGCCCUCCACUUCCUAUCCCAAUGCGAUUACAUCUAUACCAUGAGCAGCGGCACCAUUACCGAAGGAGGGACAUACGCAGACCUGAUCGCCAUGGCGGGUGACUUCGCCCGCCUCGAUAAGGAGUUUGGCGGUCACUCGACUGAGGAGAAGACCGAAGACGAUGUUGAGGAAUCCCAGGUUCCCCAGACGGACGUGACCAUCGAUGACGCCAAGAAGAAAGCUGCCAACGCGCGACAGAAGGCUUCUGGGAGUGGUAAGCUUGAAGGACGCCUCAUGGUAAGGGAGAAGCGAAGUACAGGUUCCGUGUCGACGGACGUGUAUAAAUCGUACCUCAAAGCAGGCAAAGGAUGGAUCACUGCACCCAUCGUCGUGCUCUUGAUCUUCGCCAUGCAAGGGAGCCAAAUUCUGAACUCGUAUACGCUCGUGUGGUGGGAAGCAAACACAUUCGACAAGCCUAAUUCAUUCUAUCAAAUUAUCUACGCCUUUUUGGGUAUUGCCCAAGCUUUGUCAAUGUUCUUGCUCGGUAUCGCAAUGGACUAUAUGUCAUAUUAUGUCUCACGAAACCUCCAUCACGAAGCUGUCCGCAACAUCUUCUAUGCGCCGAUGUCUUUCUUUGAUACCACACCCAUGGGUCGCAUCAUGAGUAUUUUCGGGAAGGACAUUGACAGUGUUGACAACCAGCUCGCUCUGGCUAUGCGAAUUUUUAUAUUGACCAUUUCCAGUGUCAUUGGAUCUAUUGUGAUCGUUACCAUACUGGAGUAUUAUUUCAUCAUCGCGGUCAUCGUCCUCCUUUUUGCUUUCCAAUACUUUGCAGGAUUCUACCGAUCUAGUGCCCGUGAAGUCAAGCGACUCGAUUCAAUGCUUCGCUCCGUUCUAUACGCCCAUUUCUCCGAAACAUUCACAGGUCUUCCUACCAUUCGAAGCUACGGAGCCAUGAGCCGCUUCGUCAAGGACAAUAAGUAUUAUAUCGACCUCGAAGACCGUGCUCUGUUCUUGGUGGUAACCAACCAACGUUGGCUUGCCGUUAGGCUCGAUUUCAUGGGUGGCCUCCUUGUCCUUGUCGUCGCUAUGUUAUCCGCCACGGAUAUUGCAGGGAUCAACCCCGCCCAGAUCGGUUUGGUGCUCACGUAUUCAACCUCCCUUGCCCAAAUGAGCGGUAUCGUCGCUCGCUCAUCCGCUGAUGUGGAGAACUACAUGAACUCCGUAGAACGAGUUUCCGAGUAUAGCCGAGGCGAUCUCAUCGCGCAAGAACCUCCCCACGAGAUACCGGAAAAGAAGCCUCCUGCGGAAUGGCCACAAGAAGGAAAGAUUGUGUUUAGUGACGUAAAGAUGGCCUAUCGCAAAGGGCUACCUGAUGUCCUCCGUGGUGUCUCCAUCGACGUCAAGGCUGCAGAGAAGAUCGGUGUGGUGGGAAGAACGGGCGCCGGGAAGUCGUCGUUAAUGCUCGCCCUGUUCCGAAUUGUCGAGCUGAACGCAGGUUUCAUCACCAUCGACGGCAUCGACAUCUCUACUAUUGGUCUAAAGGACCUUCGCACGAAGAUAUCUAUCAUUCCACAGGAUCCCCUGUUGUUCAGCGGAACCAUAAGGUCUAACUUGGAUCCCUUCUCGCUUUAUGACGAUGCACAUCUCUGGGACGCCCUCCGACGCUCGUAUCUUAUUGAAGAUCAAACGAAGAAGGCCAAGGAGCUCAGCGAAGACGGCGGCUCAGGGAACCAAACCCCAGUCAACCGCUAUACGCUUGACAGCGUCAUCGAAAACGAGGGCAAUAACCUCAGCGUCGGUGAACGGUCAUUAUUGAGUUUAGCGCGUGCCUUGGUGAAGGACGCAAAGGUAGUCGUGCUCGAUGAAGCAACAGCUUCUGUCGACCUAGAGACGGACGCUAAAAUCCAGCGCACCAUUCAAACUGAGUUUGCCGAUAGAACGCUUCUGUGCAUCGCCCACCGCCUUCGUACCAUUAUAUCUUACGACCGAAUCCUAGUCCUAGAUCAGGGACAGGUUGCGGAAUUUGAUACCCCGCUGAACUUGUUCAGACGACAGGAUGGAAUUUUCCGCGGCAUGUGCGAGCGCAGCAACAUCUCCGAGAAGGAUAUCGAGGGCAGCGUUCAAGCUUUUGACUAGACAGGAAUGGUUAUGUCGGCAGUAUUUUCGUUCUUGACGACUAUGAUGAUACAGUAUAGCUGGUGGAUUUCUGAUACAGGUGAUGAGAUGCCUAAAUAGACUAGAUGUGUGUUACGAUAGACUGUUCAACAACGUAGACGAACCAUAAUUACGAC